AUGAUGGGCUUGCUGCUUGUGGCUUCCUGGCGAUUCGAGGAUGGCUCAUCGACCUUUGUGCAGGCCUCGCCCAGGACCGCAGACACGCCAGUUCUCGUCGAUGAAGAUGGCGAUGAGCACGCAUAUCUGGUGGUCGAGAAUAUGCCCAAGAAGGUACCAGCCAGACCGCCGGCUGUGCCACUGUCGGCGCGAAGGCCGGCUCCUGGUGGAUAUGGCUUCUUUGUGCGGGAGACAGUGGACGAGGAUUAUGAAGCUUCGCCAGACUCACCGCGGGGCCGCCGUCCCAAGAGGCCGGCUCCCAAGAAGAAGGCGGCCACUCCAGGCCCUCCCAAGAAGACUCGCGUGCCCAACGUCAGCGGCACUGAGAAGGCUCCGCUGCAAGGCCCGGAAUCAGUGAGCAUGUGUGCCGUGUUCUUUGUCUGUGCAGGCGCCAGCGACCAGGGUGAUGCGGUGCCAGAAGAUGCCGAGCAAGAUGACGGCAUCUUCCCCAAUCAGUUUCGCUGUUGGCAUGGGCUGCUUAUGUCCUGGGGCAUUAGCCGUCUCUUUGUGAUCGCACACCUUCGAUCAUUACCCGCUCCUCAUAUGACGGUUAACAGCGAGGUGGAGAUGUCCCUGCGCCAGCUGUUGACGACAGCUCAUCGGCUGCCAAGACUGCAGGACUGCGGCUGA